AGCGAGCAGGAAGCAGGAAGUGUGAAGCAGGAAGUGAGUCUGCGUCUGCGCGCCCCUCCCCCGCCCCCGGGAGUCCUGACUGGAGAAGCCAACAUGAGCAAGUGAGCGGGCUAACAACCUGUGGAUCCAAAUUCGAGUUGGAACCUGUCAAGAAAUGAGAGCCGUCUUGGUCUGGAAAGAAACAACACGUCAGCAUUGUGUUUAUGACCUUGCCUUCAAGCCAGAUGGCACUCAAGUCGUAGUGGCGGCGGGCCUCCAUGUCCUGGUGUACGACGCCUCGGACGGAACCAUUAUUCAACCUUUAAAAGGACACAAAGAUGUCGUCUACUGUGUGGCUUAUGCCAAGGACGGUAAAAGGUUUGCCUCCGGCUCAGCAGACAAGAGCAUCAUAAUAUGGACGUCUAAACUGGAGGGGAUUUUGAAGUACACCCACUACGACUCCAUCCAGUGCGUUGCCUACAACCCGGUCACUCACCAACUCGCUUCCUGUUCCUCCGGCGACUUUGGCCUUUGGUCGCCGGAGCAAAAGUCGGUGAACAAACACAAAGUGAGCAGCAAGAUAACAUGUUGCGGGUGGACCAACGACGGGCAGUACCUUGCUCUCGGCAUGAUGAACGGCGUGGUGAGCAUUCGCAACAAGAACGGCGAGGAAAAGGUCAAGAUCGAGCGCCCGGGAAGCUGCGCCGCCCCGGUCUGGUCCAUCGCGUGGAACCCAUCCAAGGACGAGCAACAUGACGUUCUGGCCGUGGCCGACUGGGGUCAGAAGCUUUCCUUCUAUCAACUCAGUGGAAAGCAGAUUGGAAAGGACCGGACUCUGUCGUACGACCCGUGUUGCGUCAGUUACUUCUCCAAGGGCGAGUACAUCGUCAUGGGCGGCUCCGACAAGCAGGCGUCCCUCUACACCAAAGACGGCGUGCGACUGGGCGUCAUUGGCGAGCAGAAUUCCCGGGUGUGCGCCUGCCGGGUCAAGCCCGACUCCAAUUUUAUGGUGAUGGGCUGCCAAGACGGGACGAUCGCCUGCUACCAGCUCAACUUCAGUACGGUUCACGGCCUGUACAAGGAUCGCUACGCGUAUCGAGACAACAUGACCGACGUCAUUGUCCAGCACCUCAUCACCGAAGGAAAAGUGAGGAUCAAGUGCGGGGAGCUGGUGAAGAAAAUCGCCAUCUACAAAAACCGUCUGGCCAUCCAGCUGCCCGAGAAGAUAAUCAUCUACGAGCUUUUCUCCGAGGACGCUUCGGACAUGCGCUACCGCAUCAAAGAGAAAAUCCUCAAGAAGUUUGAGUGCAACCUGCUGGUGGUCUGCUCCAAUCACAUUGUCCUGUGUCAGGAGAAGCGGCUUCAGUGUCUGUCUUUCGCCAGCGUCAAGGAAAAAGAAUGGCUCAUGGAGUCUCUCAUUCGCUACAUCAAAGUCAUGGGUGGGCCGCCGGGCCGGGAAGGCCUCCUGGUGGGCUUGAAAAACGGAGCGAUCCUCAAGAUUUUCGUGGACAACCCCUUUCCCAUCACGCUGCUCAAGUUGUCGACGUCGGUGCGAUGCCUGGACAUGAGCGCCUCGCGCAAAAAGCUGGCGGUGGUGGACGAGCACAACACUCUCCUGGUCUACGACAUUAUCAGCAAAGAACUGCUUUUUCAGGAGCCAAAUGCUAACAGCGUGGCCUGGAACACCCAGUGCGAGGCCAUGCUGUGCUUCUCCGGCAACGGCUACCUGAACAUCAAGGCCAGCAACUUCCCCGUCCACCAGCAGAAGAUGCAAGGCUUCAUGGUGGGCUUCAACGGCUCCAAAAUCUUCUGUCUCCACGUCUAUUCCAUGUCUGCCGUGGAGGUCCCUCAGUCGGCCCCCAUGUACCAGUACCUGGAGCGCAAGCUGUUUAAGGAGGCCCACCAAAUCGCCUGUUUAGGCGUGACGGACAGCGAUUGGAGGGAUCUGGCCAGCGAAGCUCUGGAGGGCCUCGAUUUGGAGAUUGCCAAGAAGGCCUUCAUUCGGAUACAAGACCUUCGCUACUUGGAGCUCAUCGACAGCAUUGAGGCGAGGAAGAAGAGGGGCGAGAACGACAACGACUCGUUCCUGGCCGACAUCUACGCCUACCAGGGGAAAUUCCACGAGGCGGCCAAGCUCUACAAGCGCACCGGGCAGGAGCCCAAAGCUUUGGGCAUGUACACUGACCUGCGCAUGUUCGACUACGCCAAGGACUACGUCGGGGCGGCGGACCCAAAGACGUCUCGCAUCCUGAUGGCCAAGCAGGCCGACUGGGCCAAGUGCAGCAAGGAGCCGCAGGCGGCGGCCGAGAUGUACAUCUCGGCCGGAGAGAAUCUCAAAGCCAUCGAGGUUUUGGGAGAGCACGGCUGGGCCGACAUGCUGAUCGACUUGGCUCGCAAGCUGGACAAGGCGGAACGGGAACCGCUGGCCAAAUGCGCCUCCUAUUUCAAGAAGCUGAAGCACCACGGCUACGCCUCGGAGACGUAUUCCAAGAUGGGCGACUUGCGGGCCCUGGUGCAGCUCCAUGUGGAAAGCCAGCAUUGGGACGAGGCUUUCUCACUGGCGGAGAAGCACCCCCAGUUCAAAAACGAUGUCUUUGUGCCUUACGCUCAGUGGCUGGCUGAGAACGACCGUUUCGAGGAGGCGCAAAAAGCGUUUCACAAGGCCGGGCGACAGAACGAAGCCGUCAGAGUGCUGGAGCAGCUGACCCGCAACGCGGUGGUGGAGAGGCGCUUUGAUGACGCCGGCUACUACUACUGGAUGCUCUCCAUGCAGUGUCUGGACAUCGCCAGAGAAAACCAAGAUCAGCGAGAUGAAAUGCUGACAAAGUUUGAACAUUUCCAGACGCUUGCAGAGCUCUACCAUGUCUACCACCCGAUUCAGCGCUACACGGAUGAGCCCUUCAGUUCCCUGAUGCCAGAGACGCUGUUCAACAUCUGCAGGUUCCUCCUGAGCAACCUCCCCAAGGACAAGCCGCCGCCGGGCAUUUUUAAGGUUAACACCUUGUACGCUUUGGCCAAGCAAAGUCGCAAACUGGGCGCCUACAAGCUGGCCCGACUUUGCUACGAGAAGCUGCAGAAGCUGCACAUUCCGUCGCGCUUUCAGGAGUGCAUCGAACUGGACAGCCUCACCAUCCGGGCCAAGCCUUUUCACGACAGCGAGGAACUGACGGAAGCCUUGAUGUGUUACCGCUGCUCCAACAAGCCGCUGCUGAACAACCAGGGCACGGCGUGCCUCAACUGCAAGCAGCCUUUCAUCUACUCGGCCUCGUCGUACGAGGUGCUGCCGCUGGUGCAGUUCUACUUGGAGGAAGGCGUCGGCGACGAGGAAGCCGUGUCUCUGAUCGACCUGGAAGUCCCUCAUGCCGAGCGGAGCGACGCGCCCUGGCGGCAUCUGGACAACGAUGCGCAGGUGUUAAAGAUGGACGACGGUUUGGAAGAUGCCGAAGAAGACCCCUUCACCCCCAAGAUGAUCUUUGAGCAGGGCGGCUCGCACUUCGUCCCCGUCAAGGUGAAUCGUUCGGUGCUGCGCUCCAUGAGCAGGAGGGACGUCCUGAUCAAGCGCUGGCCGGCGCCGCUCAAAUGGGAGUACUUCCGCUCGCUGCUUCCUGACGUCAGCAUCACCAUGUGCCCCGCCUGCUUCAAGAUGUUCCACAGUGAAGACUACGAGCUUCUGCUGCUCCAGCACAACCGCUGUCCGUUCUGUCGGAGGCCCAUCGAUGAGCCCAACUGACGGACGGGCGACUCCUGCGCGGGGGCUUCCUCUCACGCAUCGCCCGAGACCACCGAGCCGGGCGGGGGCCGUUCCUCCCGAGCGCGCCGGCCGCGCAGCCCGCGUCCCCGCGGACGGAAAGGCCAAUGUAUGAAUGUCCAAAGAUGUUCCGGCCUUUCUUUGGACUCGGCGUCUCCGCCCGGGAACCGUAACAUAUGUUUCAUAUUCCUUCCCGGUCAGCAAAGGCAUCUGGCCCGGAUUCAGCAUGAAGCUGGCACAGCUGGCCUGGCAUAAUGCAUGUGGGCCCAACACGGCCCAGGAGUGGCAAAGGCGGCACUGGCUUGACUCUGGCAAACCGGUUGUGGAGUGAAGUAUUUGGGCCAGAAAUCAAUUUACAACUCAGGGCCCAUAUAUGGCCGGCCAGUAUUGAGCCACCCUUAAAUGCAGUUUCACAUUUAUUUUUUCAAAACGCAGCCUUGUUUUACAAUUGCACGCCGAUGCGGAAUUACAUUCAGCACACACACACACACACACACACACAUACGCGCGAGGUUCAAUCAGGCCCGCAGGGUAAUUUACAAAUGAAAAAAAAUGCAUAAAAGACACCGAAUUAAUAUUUUUAAUAAGGUCCAAUUCAUUGAGUAUCCGCUAGGGGACACUGUUUUUGACCAGAGAAGAAGACAACAGCAGCCUCAGUCCGUUACGGAGACAGACCCGUGACAGCAGACGCUAGCAAUAGCAAACAUUUACCGGUACACAUUUAAUAGCACACUCAAUAGUUUGUAAGGUGUAGGCAGGGAUUACAUUUAGAUUUUAUAUGCACGUGUAAAUGGUUUAAAACUUCCUUUCUUUAUACAUCUUGUUUAACCAAAGUGCAUGACUAUAUUUUUCAAUACCAAUUACUUGUUAAAAGUUUGUACAAUCAAUGGGAUCAGUUGUUCACAUUUGUUGACGGAAAUGUAAGGUGCUUCAUGAAAUGUUUUGUAAAAGAUACGUUCAUUAAAUUUCAACAUUUUCCGAA